AUGGACUGCGCACCCAGGCCAUUGAUCGUGGAUGGAACAAAAUGGAGGUCAAAAAAUGUGGAGAUAGCUCCGAAUUGUCCUAGAUGUGCAUCCUCGAACACGAAAUUCUGCUACUACAACAACUACAGUUUGUCACAGCCUAGGUACUUUUGCAAAGGCUGCAGGAGGUAUUGGACUAAGGGUGGAUCACUGAGGAAUGUGCCAUUUGGAGGUGGUUGCCGGAAAAGCAGGCGGGCGAAGGCGGCAAGGCUGGUGGAGCGCGGUGGUGCAAAUUAUAAUGUUGGUCGAGGUCAUAGUCCGACUAGUGAUCAGUCUAGUGGUGCGGUGGAUAUUGAUUUGGCCGCAGUUUUUGCUAAUUAUUUGAACCAAAAUGUGGGAAAUAAUGAGGAGAAAAGUGGUGGUGAGUCUUCUAGUCCUGGAGCUAGUUAUGCAUCAUCAUCUGAAAUUCAAGCAAGUUCAUUGGAUAUGGAUAGCCAACUAGAAGAUGCUUUAUUUGAGUAUCAAAAGCCUGUUGAGCCAGUAGAUUUCAUCGAUACGGCUGAGUUUCAAGAAGUGCUCAUUCCUGAUCAUCUGUCCAAUAUUCAUGAAGAAAAUGGUCCAGAAUUCAUGGAUCAUAAUCCUAACAAUUUCAGGCUGAAAACUAUGCUUGGAGAUGAAUUAGGGCCCGAAAUUUGGUCUGACGUCCCGAAUUUGUUAAAUUUUCCAUGCCAAUUACCUAUGGUGCAGUUUCAAGAUUUUGAAGCAUUCUUAACUGAUGAUCAGUCAAGACUUUCUGCAAAUCUUGAGAGCAAUAAUUGGGGCUCAUUUGAUAUGUCUGGUUAUGAAUUUUUUUCCGUGCCUUGA